AGAACCGAAAAAGCUCACGGCGGGAAGGAGAUCAACCAAACAGAAAGAAAAGGAAAAAAGCCCAGACACCCAUUUCUCUCUCUCAAAAUUUAGAUUGAGCAGUCACUCGGAGAAAAUUUUGGUAUUUAUGUGUCCCUCAGGUUCUUACUUCAUAACAACUUACUUCAAGCAAGUGGUGGAGAUCUAAUCAUCUAAGAUGGAAGAAGGAAAGAUGGAAGAAGGAAACAUAGAAGAAGGAAAGAUGGAAGAAGGAGAGUACUAUACUACUGAUUCUGAUACAGAGCUUUUGGGGGAUCAAGACUUCAAUACUCAAAUUCCUAACCAUGAGAAACUUCAUUCUAGAAAAGAAGAUAAUGCCCAAUGCUCCGGGAGUAGUGCUCCAGACAGCACCAGUGAACUGGCUUUUAGACAAUCUUCCCUUCAGCAUCCAGUUCAAGCAUCCAUGGAUAGAGACAUCGAUUAUGACUCUAGGGAGAGUAAGUUCCUAGAACUGCAAGAGGCAAAUAACAUCUCCAAGGCAGCCUUCAAGGAAGUCAUGGCUAUGGCUUUAGAAGCAAACACUUGGGUUGUUGGCACUCCAGCAUUAGGUUCAAUUGAGGAAUUCCAACAAAGGUUCAGGAGUCCACCUGCGCCUGGAAUGAGAGUUGAAUGUUCCAUUGAGACUGCAAUUCUUCCAAUUCCCCCUAAGAAUCUGCAUUCUGUCUUCAUGGAUGCGGAUGUAUGGGCUUCAACAUUAUCUGGCAUUGUCCAUCGUGGAUCUAUCCAUUCGCCAACUGGUGUUUUGUCGCAGUUGAUUGAUACUGAUCCCACAAUCAUUGAUAUAGUGGUGGUCAAUGCUGAAUUUCAAUUGCCCACACCAUUGGUGCCAAUACGGAAAUUCUGUUUCUUGAGGUGCCUAAGAGAGAUCGUAGCAGAUGUAUGGGUCAUAGUUGAUGUGUCAAAUGAUUAUUUCGACCAUGAACCUUCUAAUUCUACAUCGGAAGUAAAAUGUCGGCGAAGGCCAUCAGGGGUGAUAAUCAGAAAGCAUGGCAAUGGCUCUGAGGUUAUAUGGAUUGAGAAUGUGGAAGUGUAUGAGCACCAAGUCCAAGAAACUAUGUACUCAGAAAUAGUCAACUCGAAACUCGCAUUUUGUGCAAAGCGCUGGGUUGGGACAUUGUUGCAGAUGUUCAAGCGAAACGACAGUAAAUUUUUCAAUGUUAAGAUGCCACUGGGAUGGCGAGCUCAUUUAUAUCUGCUGAAUUUAAUCAAGUCGAUGGAGAAGGAAUACUUUGACUGCAUUAGUGAGGCUCCUAACAGAAGGAAAUGGGAUAUUCUGGCUGAUGAAGGAAUAAGGGUUUUGAGGGAUGUGACUAUUAAUGCUGACACAUUGGACUCAAAUAAUUACACUGCCUUGACUAGCUUCCAUGUUCAAGCAGCACCUCUCUCAGUUUUCCAAUUUCUUGUUAAAAAGUAUUUCAAAUUACAGUGGCCAAGCCUUCUGGAAGAGUCUGAAGAGCUUUUUACAUGUGUUACAGAAGAUGAUAGACACUGCAUCACUUUACUUAAGAAACACCAUGAAUAUAUGUUGCAAGAUACUUUAGAAGACGAAUUUUGCCACUUUGUUAUAUCAUCACCAAUGACCCAAGUAGCUGUUGACACUGCUUUUUGCUCUGGAAUAUGGAGAGAUAGUCUCUUGAAGCCUUCAGGGUUUGCUAUAAUGCCUGAUGGCUCUGGGGGCCUCGAAUCUGAUGCCUCCCUAGUAACCAUCGCCGUUCAACAAGAGCUCGAUGUCUUGGAGGCGGGUCCAGCCAUUGAAGCCAUGAGCAAUAUUAUCAGGCGCAUUAUUGGAGAGAUUAAUGCAGCAAUCACAAUUGGGGAAGAAAGAGUUAGACUUUGAAAUCAAAAUGGUUCUUUCAGCAUAGAAUUUCAAUUCAUUGAUAUGAAAUUUGUAUAUUACUGGUUAUGCACUUUUGAUAUGAAUAAAAUGUCACUUUUACCAGUUACUAGUAGGGUUCUGAAA